AGGAGGGGCGGAGGCGGAGAGGUGUGAAUUGUGUCGGAUGAGGGACAGGAGGGGGACCGACAGCGUCUUUUGAGCCCAUUGCCAACUCACCAGGAGACAGCGGCCACGCCCAUCAGGACGGGGGCCCCUCCCCACCUGGCGGUGCCAGCCUGGGCGCACCCUGGUCUCCGCCGCCCGGGCGCUCUGGCGCGUCUUACUGGGGUGCCGGCAGAGGGCGCGCGAGGGGGCCCGGGGUCAGGUGGGGGACCCCACGGGAGGCGGGAUUGGGGGGAGGUCCCUAGGCCACCCCUCCCGCCCCCUGCCCGCCCAGACCGCUUUCCUGGAGCUCCAGACGCCUAGGCAAGAGCCCGCUGCGCCCCUGCGCGCUUUCUGCUCGGAGCACCGCUUCUACCUGUAGAGUCCGGACGGGCGCUCCCUCCCAGGGCACCUACACCGUCUCCUCCUUCGGAAACCUCCCGUCCCAGCUACCCCGGUCUCGGACAGGCGGUGCCGGGACCCCAAGGCAGGGCGCCAGGCUUGAAGCAGGUGACAUGUAGACGUCCCCUGGUCCAGCCUCGGAACCCGAGCGCCCCUCCUGCCCGGAAAGUUUGAGGCUAGGCGCCAUGGCCAAGACCAGCUCCCUGAAUGUCCGCGUGGUGGAGGGCCGGGCGCUGCCCGCCAAGGACGUGUCUGGGAGCAGCGACCCCUACUGCCUGGUGAAAGUGGACGAUGAGGUGGUGGCCAGGACAGCGACUGUCUGGAAGAGCCUGGGCCCCUUCUGGGGGGAGGAGUACACCGUGCACCUGCCUCUCGAUUUCCACCAGCUGGCCUUCUAUGUGCUGGACGAGGACACCGUUGGGCAUGACGACGUCAUCGGCAAGAUCUUGCUGAGCAAGGAGGCCAUUACAGCUGACCCCCGAGGGAUUGACAGCUGGAUCAACCUGAGCCGAGUGGACCCAGAUGCAGAAGUGCAGGGUGAGGUUUGCCUGUCGGUACAGAUGCUGGAGGAUGGGCGGGGCCGAUGCCUUCGCUGCCAUGUGCUUCAGGCCAGGGACCUGGCUCCCAGAGACAUCUCUGGCACAUCUGACCCAUUCGCACGUGUGUUUUGGGGCAGCCAGAGCUUGGAGACCUCAACCAUCAAGAAAACUCGCUUCCCGCACUGGGAUGAAGUGCUGGAGCUGCGGGAGAUGCCAGGUGCCCCGUCCCCACUUCGGGUGGAGCUCUGGGACUGGGACAUGGUGGGCAAGAACGACUUUUUGGGCAUGGUGGAGUUCUCUCCGAAGACCCUCCAGCAGAAGCCGCCCAAUGGCUGGUUCCGCCUCCAGCCCUUUCCCAGAGCAGAGGAGGAUUCUGGGGGGAGCCUGGGUGCCCUGCGCCUGAAGGUGCGCCUGAUCGAGGACCGCGUCCUGCCCUCCCAGUGCUACCAGCCUCUCGUGGAGCUGCUCAUGGAGUCUGUGCUGGGGCCAGCAGAGGAGGACACUGCUAGCCCCCUGGCUUUGCUGGAAGAGCUGACCUUGGGGGACUGCCGCCAGGACCUUGCCACCAAGCUGGUGAAACUCUUUCUUGGCCGGGGACUGGCUGGACGCUUUCUGGACUAUCUCACCCGGCGUGAGGUGGCUCGGACCAUGGAUCCCAACACCCUCUUCCGUUCUAACUCCCUGGCAUCCAAGUCGAUGGAACAGUUUAUGAAGCUCGUGGGCAUGCCCUAUCUGCAUGAGGUCCUGAAGCCCGUGAUUAGCCGUGUCUUUGAGGAGAAGAAGUACAUGGAGCUGGAUCCCUCCAAGAUGGACCUGGGCCGUACCCGGAGGAUCUCCUUCAAAGGCGCACCCUCGGAGGAGCAGAUGCGGGAGACCAGCCUGGGGCUGCUGACGGGCUACCUGGGGCCCAUCGUGGACGCCAUCAUGGGCUCGGUGGGGCGCUGCCCGCCUGCCAUGCGCCUCGCCUUCAAGCAGCUGCACCGGCGCGUGGAGGAGCGCUUCCCCCAGGCAGAGCACCAGGACGUGAAGUACCUGGCCAUCAGUGGCUUUCUCUUCUUGCGAUUCUUUGCACCAGCCAUCCUUACCCCGAAGCUGUUUGACCUGCGGGACCAACAUGCAGACCCCCAGACGAGCCGCUCACUGCUGUUGCUUGCCAAGGCUGUGCAGAGCAUCGGAAACCUGGGCCAGCAGCUGGGCCAGGGCAAGGAACUGUGGAUGGCCCCCCUGCACCCCUUCCUGCUGCAGAGCAUCUCACGUGUCAGAGACUUCCUGGACCAGCUGGUGGAUGUGGAUGGGGAUGAGGGGGCUGCUGUCCCAGCCAGGGCCCUGGUCCCGCCCUCAGCGAUUGUUCGAGAAGGCUAUCUGCUGAAGCGCAAGGAGGAGCCCGCCAGCCUGGCCACCCGCUUCGCCUUCAAGAAGCGCUACGUCUGGCUCAGCGGGGAGACCCUCUCCUUCUCCAAGAGUCCUGAGUGGCAGACGCGCCACUCCAUCCCGGUGUCGCACAUCCGCGCCGUGGAGCGCGUGGACGAGGGCGCCUUCCAACUGCCCCACGUGAUGCAGGUGGUGACGCAGGACGGCGCGGGGGCGCUGCACACCACCUACCUCCAGUGCAAGAAUGUGAACGAGCUCAACCAGUGGCUCUCGGCCUUGCGCAAGGCCAGCGCCCCCAACCCGGACAAGCUGGCCGCCUGCCACCCCGGUGCCUUCCGCAGCGCGCGCUGGACCUGCUGCCUCCAGGCUGAGCGUUCAGCUGCUGGCUGCAGCCGUACACACUCGGCCGUCACCCUAGGGGACUGGAGUGACCCGCUGGACCCUGAUGCUGAGGCCCAGACAGUGUAUCGGCAGCUGCUCCUGGGGCGGGACCAGCUCAGGCUGAAAUUGCUGGAGGAUUCCAACAUGGAUACAACUCUGGAAGCAGACACAGGGGCCUGUCCUGAGGUCCUGGCCCGGCAGAGAGCAGCAGCUGCCCGCCUGCUGGAGGUGCUCGCAGACCUGGAUCAUGCCCAUGAGGAAUUCCAGCGGCAAGAGCGAGGGAAGGUGGCCCUGGGCCCCCUCGGCCCCUGAGGAAAUGCCAGAGCCAGCCUGGAAGGAGGAGCAAGGAGCCGGGAGGGCCCUCCUCAGCGCAUCCUGCCCCAGAAUUCUCCUCCCAGAAUUCUCCUCGUACGUCUUUGAUCCUGUGGUUUGGAGGCUCCCAGAGACAUGCCUAGUCCUGUGUGCCUAGAGUCCAGAACUCAGGGCGUAGAAGCCCUCUGCCAGGGGCCAGCCUUGCGCUGAGUGAACCUCGUUCUCUGGGUUGAUUCAGUCUGGAGUGGAUAGGAUAAGGAACCUGACUUAUUUGACUGAGACUGGGGUCUCUGCUUCACCAGACUGGCCUCUAUCCAUACCAAGGAGGCCAGUGUGGCCCUGAGCUGCUGGAUACAGCUGGACCUGAAUUCCUGAUGCCCAUGUGAUGUUGUUGCCCCAGAUAGGCACUAAAUGGGCUCACCCCUUUCUGUUUUUGUGUCUGCUAAUCUCUAUAACCUCACUGAUUCUUCUGUACCCUGCCCUAGGCCUAGGACCCCAAACACAAGCUUCCAGAAUCAGUACCCUCAGGAAGGACCGAGGCUGGGUGAGGAUCUAGUGUGCCAUGCUUAGACCCUUGGAACCUGGGAAACCUUGGGCAAGGCUCUUUGACUCUCUUUGAGUCUCA